UUCCGAUUUAACUUACUCACGAUUUAGUUUGUUUUUGGGGUCUUCACGAUGAAGGUCUUGAUAUGCUUAUUUCUUAUUGUGGACUACAUAGUUUGCGAGGUACCACCACCAUACCCAUCAAGAAUAGCUGAACCUCCUCGAACAAGAUACGGAGUUCCAAAUAGCGAACAAUUAUCCCAACCCCAAGCUGUUUAUGGACCUCCUAAAAAUGCUGAACCAUUAGAUCCAUUGUUUCGCCAACCACCAAAUCCAGCAAAAUUCCAGAACCCGAUAAAUAAUAUAAAUCCUCAAAAUACAGCAUUUCAGAGACCUCCGCAAAGAUAUUUAGGUCCACCAAGGUCUAAUGCAGUUGCUGUUCCCCAAACUAUAUACGGACCUCCUAAACCAUCUCACUCCGUUCCUCAAAUAACAUAUGGAGUUCCAAAUAAACAGAACGAGAAUAACUUUGCGGCAUAUCAACCAGAACCUUCAAGAAACUAUGGUAAUCCUAAACCAACUAGCUCGAUUCCCCAAACAACUUAUGGAGUUCCUGGUGAACAGAUAUCACCUCAGAAUCAAAAUAACUUUGCAGCAUAUCAACCUAAUCGACAACCAGAACCCUCAAGAAACUAUGGUACUCCUAAACCAUCUAGCUCGAUCCCUCAAACAACAUAUGGAGUUCCAGAUAAGCAGAUUGAAUCUCAGAAUCAAAAUAACUUUGCAGCAUAUCAACCUAAUGGACAACCACAACCCUCAAGAAACUAUGGAACUCCUAAACCAUCCAGCUCUAUUCCUCAAAUAACUUAUGGAGCUCCUGGUGAACAGAUAGCACCUCAGAAUCAAAAUAACUUUGCAGCAUAUCAACCUAAUCGACAACCAGAACCCUCAAGAAACUAUGGAACUCCUAAUAUUGAUUCCGCAACUUUAGAAGAAAUUAAACAAUUAAGGCAACUUAUACAGAAAAUUGAAUCACAAAGGACUGCUCAAAUAAUUGCUUCGCAAGCUUCUGUUGGUGAUAAUAGACAUGGUCAAAGUUUGCCAAAUAGAGAAGCAGGAAAUUUUAGACAGCAAUCUUCACCCGUAAGAGAACCAGAUACUUUUAAAAAAGAUAUAUCAUUAGGGUUCAAUCGUCAACAGGGUGCUAGGCAAAAUGAUGGAAGCAAUUUUUACUUGCCUCGUGAAAACCAACCUGUUUUACCAACCAAUUAUAUUCCAAGUCAAAAUAAUAAUGAGUUUAAUACCGGAUCUCAGGUUCCUGCAAACAAGCCUAGUAGUCCAGCAAAUUCAUGGAAUAAUUUGGAUUUACCGGGAACUAAUUCCGAUGUUGACGUUCAGCAAGUUGAAGUAACUCAAUUUGGUCCCAAUAGAAAGAUAAAUAAAAAUAAUGAUUUUGGUACAACGUAUAGACCUGAAAGCAAUAAUAAUGAGGGUGAAAUUAAUAAUAAUUACAUUCCUCCAACUACCACUGAAAAUCCAACUAUAAAUUUUUCUUCAACUUCAACGCCUGGUAACAUUUAUGAAACUCCACAGGAUGGAAGUGGCGAAUCCCCGAAUAUUGCAAUCGCUACUGCAGUUGUAGGCGCACCAAAUGACCAACAAUAUUAUCUGCUACAACCAGAUGGUCGAUACCAAAGGAUCAUUUUGCCUAAACCUCGAGAUCAAACUAACAAACAAAUUGGUCUUCCUGCCAAUUAUCAGCUUUAUCAAAACUUACAAGUUGAUCCAAAUGUAUUAUAUACUCCAUUAUAUACUGUUAUAAAUAAAUGAUUAAAUAAUUAAUAAAAUGUGAU